AUGUCAGAGCAAGCACCCAAGACAAGUCAUCUAGAGAGGACGGCAGCGGAGCCGCGGGGAAUGAAACUCCACGGCGUGAGACUCAGCCAUAUCAGCCAAGUCAACGACCGAGUCCGUCUCUUCCGGCUAGACCUCACGUCGGGGCCCGUCGGCUUCCUACCAGGUCAAUGGGUAGACACCUUCGUCCCCGACACGCCGAAAGCAGGGGGCUUCACCAUCACCAGCGCACCGGGAGACGCCUCCCCGACUUCCACGCACACCCCCCACAUCGAGCUGGCCGUCCAGAAGUCGCCCGACAACCCCCCCGCAGCGUGGCUGUGGCGUCCUCCUCACGAGAUCAUCGGGUCGACCCUGCACCUGCGCAUAGGGGGAAGCUUCACGUUCCCCCCCGCGGUCGGCGGCCCUCUCGCCUCGACGGUGAAGAGGCUGGUCCUCAUCGCCGGGGGCGUGGGCGUGAACCCCUUCAUGAGCAUGCUCAGCCAUAUCGGCCACAGCGAUGUUCCCGGGAAGCCGCGGGUGCGUCUGGCGUAUGCGACCAAGCUGCCGUCCGAGGGGGAGGUCGUCUUCCUCGAUAGGAUAGCGGGGCUGUUCCGCGAGGGCCGCGUGAGGGGUUCGGUCGACCUGUUUGCUACGGGGGGAGGCGACGGCACGUUUCCGGAUGUGGUCGACGUGCAUCGUAGACGGUUGUCUGUGGCCGACGUGGAGCGCCUGGUCAGAGAGGACGACGACGACCACCUGGCAUCUACACUCGUGUACAUCUGCGGUCCGCCCGCCAUGACGGACGAGUUUGCGUACGGCCUGACGACGGGCAAUUUGAGGAUGGAUCCCAGUAAUGUCAUUACGGAGAAGUGGUGCUCCCUGGCAUUCGCCGCGGAGCCCUUGAUGUUGAAGCCCAGUUGUCCAGCAGCGGCACCACCUGCGGCCGCGCCACGGAUCUUGAUCCCGCCGUCCACGAUCCUGGGCAUGUCCUCAUCCCUGAGCUGGGCGGUUCCCAGCGCCGUCUCGAGCCGGUCCAGCCUCCCCGAGCGUCCCGACGCGGCCUUGGCCUUGGACGGGAACAACUCCUUGGACUCGUUUCUAUGCCUGUCGUCGCGCAGGGAGCGUGCCCUGACGCGGCUGUUGCUGCUCGACGGGGCGUCAUCGUCGACGGCGUCGACGUCCAUGUCCCUGUCUCCGCGGGGCGAUGCAGACCUGCUGCUCACCCUACGACGGCCGCUGCCACCGCCGCCGAAGAGUUCUUUACCCCUGUUCUCGCGGGCGUACGGCCGACGGUGCUGGUCGGGCGAGUAUGAGCGGUCUCCGUCGCGACGACGGUCGCGGGAGCGCGAACGCGAACGCGAACGGGACGGUCGAGUGGGCGCGUCGUCGUACAUGCUCGCCUCGAAGCGCGGGGGGCGUCUGUCCGAGUCGCGACGACGACGAUGGUGA